AUGUUAGUCAUAUGCUUCGCAGAAACCCUCCACACGCCCAAGUACAUGGCCGUGUUCAGCCUGGCUGUGGUGGACAUUAGUCUCAGCUCCGCUCUCAUUCCCAAAGCUAUCCAUAUUAUUUAUAUUAUAGUCUUGUACUUUGCUCCUUCUGGCUUCAUAGCUGUCUCAUACAUGUUUAUUAUUAACGCCAUUUUGAAGAUUAAAUCGUCAGAGGGAAGGUGGAAAGCGUUUAAAACUUGUUCUUCGCAUUUAAUGUUGGUUGCUAUAUUUUUCGUUCCUUUUUACAUUACCUACAUCGUGGCAUGGCACACUGGGCCCGUAAAAUAA